CAAAAGCCACGCCUAUAACCAGCCACACCUCUAAUCCUUUGCAAACCAACCAAAGCAACCAUGGAGGAUCAACCUAGGAAAAGAUCUAGCACAAAUAGAUUCUCUUUCUCUGAUGUAGUUAAAAAUGCAGUGGAGCCAGGAGUGAACCACUCUGUAAUGAUGUUUGUGAAUAUUGUUUUCCUUCUUUUGAUCCUAACCAUUAUCAUAUGGAUUGGGUUCUCCAAUGGGAAGCUCUACAUGAUUGUGCUCUUGAUGCUGGCCUUUGGCUUGUUCAUAGCCUUUAACAAGUUUGUUGCGAUGGUGGUAGAGGAAGAAAAGAAAGCUAAACUGAGGAAACCUGAACCUUCAAACGAAGAAGACAAGACAGAUUAAAUUUAAAUCAAAAAUCAGCUAAUUGUAAAUAUAAUAAUAUUUUCCAAUGAUAAUUGAGUCACUGUA